GCCCCGCCUGCGCCCAGUCCAGCGCCCGCCCGACAGCCGGCGCUGCCCAGGACCCUGGCGUCCGGCUCCUCCACUCGGGCCAGGACCCCGCGUCGCGCACCCACGAUGGCCAAGCGCAGCUCGCUGUUCAUCCGCAUCGUGGAGGGGAAGAACCUGCCCGCCAAGGACAUCACGGGCAGCAGUGACCCCUACUGCAUCGUGAAGGUGGACAACCAGCCCAUCAUAAGGACAGCCACUGUGUGGAAGAGCCUGUGCCCCUUCUGGGGCGAGGAGUAUCAGGUGCACCUGCUGCCCACCUUCCACUCGGUGGCCUUCUACGUCAUGGACGAGGAUGCCCUCAGCCGGGACGACGUCAUCGGGAAGGUCUGCCUGACCAGGGACACCCUGGCUACUCACCCUAAGGGUUUCAGUGGAUGGGCCCAUCUGACGGAGGUCGACCCUGAUGAGGAGGUGCAGGGCGAGAUCCACCUGCGGCUGGAAGUGGUGCAGGGGACCCGGGCCUGCCGGCUGCGCUGCUCUGUGCUGGAGGCCAGGGACCUAGCCCCCAAGGACCGGAAUGGUGCAUCUGACCCCUUUGUCCGAGUGCGCUACAAGGGCCAGACACAGGAGACCUCGAUCGUGAAGAAGUCACGCUACCCACGCUGGAACGAGACAUUUGAAUUCGAGCUGGAGGAGGGGGUGGCGGAGGCGCUGUGCGUGGAGGCCUGGGACUGGGACCUUGUCAGCCGCAAUGACUUCCUGGGCAAGGUGGUGUUCAAUGUCCAGAGACUCCGGGCGGCCCAGCAGGAGGAGGGCUGGUUCCGGCUGCAGCCCGACCAGUCCAAGAGUCUGCGGGAAGAGGGCAACCUGGGCACCUUGCAGCUGGAGGUGCGGCUGCGGGACGAGAUGGUGCUGCCCUCCGGCUGCUACCAGCCCCUGGUGCAGCUGCUCUGCCGUGAGGUGAAGCUGGGCACCCAGAGCCCAGGGCAGCUGAUCCUACUCAUCGAGGAGACGACAAGCACGGAGUGCCGCCAGGACGUGGCCACCACUCUGCUCAAGCUCUUCCUGGGGCAGGGGCUGGCCAAAGACUUCCUGGACCUGCUCUUUCAGCUGGAGCUGGGUCGCACCAGUGAGGCCAACACCCUGUUUCGGAGCAAUUCUCUGGCCUCCAAGUCCAUGGAGUCUUUUCUGAAGGUGGCUGGAAUGCGGUAUCUGCACGGCGUCCUGGGCCCCAUCAUUGACAGGGUGUUUGAGGAGAAGAAGUACGUGGAGCUGGACCCCAGCAAGGUGGAGGUCAAGGGUGUAGGGUGCUCCGGGCUGCACCGCCCGCAGACCGAAGCUGAGGUGCUGGAGCAGAGCGCCCAGACGCUGCGUGCCCACUUGAGGGCGCUGUUGAGCUCGCUCAGUCGCUCGGUUCGCGCAUGCCCCGCCGUAGUCCGCGCCACCUUCCGCCAGCUCUUCCGGCGCGUGCGCGAGCGCUUCCCCGGCGCUGAGGACGAGAACGUGCCCUUCAUCGCCGUCACCAGCUUCCUGUGCCUGCGCUUCAUCUCUCCUGCCAUCAUGGCGCCCAAGCUCUUCCACCUGCGGGAGCGGCACGCGGACGCCCGCACCAGCCGCACCCUGCUCCUGCUGGCCAAGGCGGUCCAGAACGUGGGCAACAUGGACACACCAGCUUCCAGGGCUAAGGAGGCUUGGAUGGAACCGCUGCAGCCCACGGUGCGCCAGGGCGUGGCCCAGCUGAAGGACUUCAUCACCAAGUUGGUAGACAUCCAGGAGAAAGAGGAGCUGGACCUGCAGCGGGCCCUGAGCUUGCAGGCGCCGCUGGUGAAGGAGGGGCCACUCUUCAUACACAGGACCAGGGGCAAGGGCCCCCUCAUGUCCUCCUCCUUUAAGAAGCUCCACUUCUCCCUCACCACGGAGGCCCUCAGCUUUGCCAAGACACCCAGCUCCAAGAAAAGCACCCUCAUCAAGCUUGCCCACAUCCGGGCAGCAGAAAAGGUGGAGGAGAAGAGCUUCGGCAGCUCCCAUGUCAUGCAGGUCAUCUACACGGACGACGCGGGCAGGUCCCAGACCGCCUACCUGCAGUGCAAGUGUGUGAACGAGCUGAACCAAUGGCUGUCUGCACUGCGGAAGGUCAGCAUCAACAACACCGGCCUGCUAGGCUCCUACCACCCUGGAGUCUUCCGCGGGGACAAGUGGAGCUGCUGCCACCAGAGGGACAAGACAGAUCUGGGUUGCGACAAGACGCGGUCCCGGGUGACCCUGCAGGAGUGGAAUGACCCUCUUGACCAUGACCUGGAGGCUCAGCUCAUCUACCGGCACCUGCUGGGUGUAGAGGCCACACUGCGGGAGAAGCACCGACAGCUGAGUGCGGGCCCAGAGGCAGGCCCUGUGCUCACGGGCCCCGGAGGAGGUAGGUGCUUCCCACCUGAGCCCCCUUUCAGGGAUGGUGGGUGGGUGGGGCCUCCCUCCCAGGGGCCCUCCGGCCUUCCAGACAGGCGCGGCCCUGCCUGCUCUGCCCUCAUCCCGCAUCUGCCUCCAGCCCCCGAGGACCCACUGGCCCAGCUGCUGCAGGUACUGCAGGACCUCCGUGAGGCCCAUAGGUCCAGCCCAGCUGACUCCCCACCCUUGGAGCCCAGCCGCGUCCUGGAGCUGCAGACGUGAGGCCGCCCCACACUCCGCGCUGAGCCCCGCCAGGUGCUGGGAGACCCCCAUGCACUCUCAGCUUGUCACCUCGGUCCCUCUCGUUGGGGUGCGCG